GACGGCCCGCCCCGCGGCGCGCAGGCGCACUAAAUUCGGCCGAAGGCUCCCAGAGGGAAGACAGCGCUAAGAUGGCGGCCUUCUCAGAAAUGGGGGUUAUGCCUGAGAUUGCUCAAGCUGUGGAGGAGAUGGAUUGGCUCCUCCCAACUGAUAUCCAGGCUGAGUCCAUCCCACUGAUUCUCGGAGGAGGUGACGUGCUUAUGGCUGCAGAAACAGGAAGUGGGAAGACUGGCGCUUUCAGUAUCCCGGUCAUCCAGAUAGUCUAUGAGACCCUGAAAGACCAGCAGGAGGGCAAGAAAGGGAAGACCACCGUGAAGACCGGGGGCGCAGUGCUGAACAAGUGGCAGAUGAACCCGUAUGACAGAGGAUCGGCUUUCGCGAUCGGGUCGGACGGUCUUUGUUGCCAGAGCCGAGAAGUGAAGGAAUGGCACGGGUGUCGGUCCACGAAGGGAGUCAUGAAAGGAAAACACUACUACGAAGUGUCCUGUCACGACCAGGGCCUGUGCAGGGUUGGAUGGUCGGCCUCCCAGGCUUCCCUGGACUUGGGUACCGACAAGUUUGGCUUUGGCUUUGGCGGGACUGGGAAGAAGUCUCACAAUAAGCAGUUUGACAAUUACGGAGAGGAGUUCACGAUGCACGAUACGAUUGGAUGUUACCUGGAUAUUGACAAAGGGCAGGUCAAGUUUUCCAAAAAUGGAAAAGACCUUGGCCUAGCUUUUGAAAUACCGGCCCACCUGAAGAACCAACCGUUCUUCGCGGCUUGUGUCUUAAAGAACGCUGAACUGAAAUUUAACUUUGGGGAAGAAGAAUUUAAGUUCCCCCCCAAAGAUGGAUUUGUUGGGCUCUGCAAGGCUGCUGAUGGCCAUGUUGUGAAAUCUCAGCACACAGGGAGCGCGCAGGUGGCGCAGACCAAGUUUCUUCCCAACGCUCCCAAAGCCCUCAUCGUGGAGCCGUCGCGGGAGCUGGCCGAGCAGACCCUGAAUAACGUCAAGCAGUUUAAAAAAUACGUGGAUAACCCGAAGCUGAGAGAGCUCCUGAUCAUCGGAGGGGUGGCAGCCCGGGACCAGCUCUCCGUGCUGGAGCAGGGGGUGGACAUAGUGGUCGGCACCCCGGGGAGACUGGACGACUUGGUGUCCACUGGGAAGCUCAACUUGUCCCAGAUCCGAUUCUUGGUUCUGGACGAAGCCGAUGGGCUCCUUUCCCAGGGCUACUCGGACUUCAUCAAUAGGAUUCACAGUCAGAUCCCCCAGAUCACCUCGGAUGGAAAAAGGCUUCAGGUCAUCGUCUGCUCGGCCACGCUCCAUUCUUUCGACGUGAAGAAGCUCUCGGAGAAGAUCAUGCACUUCCCGACCUGGGUCGAUUUGAAGGGCGAGGACUCGGUCCCCGAGACCGUGCACCACGUGGUGGUGCCCGUGAACCCCAAGACGGACAAGCUCUGGGAGAGGCUGGGCAAGAACCACAUCCGGACUGAUGAGGUCCAUGCGAAGGAUAACACCCGGCCUGGGGCCAACAGCCCUGAGAUGUGGUCGGAGGCCAUCAAGAUCCUGAAGGGGGAGUACACGGUGCGGGCCAUCAAGGAGCACAAGAUGGACCAGGCCAUCAUCUUCUGCAGGACCAAGAUCGACUGCGACAACUUGGAGCAGUACUUCAUGCAGCAGGGCGGAGGUCCGGACAAGAAAGGGCACCAGUUCUCCUGCGUCUGCCUGCACGGUGACAGGAAGCCCCAUGAGAGGAAGCAGAACCUGGAGAGAUUUAAGAAAGGAGACGUCCGCUUCCUGAUUUGCACGGACGUGGCUGCCAGAGGGAUCGACAUCCACGGGGUCCCUUAUGUCAUAAACGUCACCCUGCCCGACGAGAAGCAGAACUACGUGCACCGGAUCGGCCGCGUGGGCCGCGCAGAGAGGAUGGGUCUGGCCGUGUCCCUGGUGGCGACCGAAAAGGAGAAGGUUUGGUACCACGUGUGCAGCAGCCGCGGCAAGGGCUGCUACAACACGCGGCUGAAGGAGGACGGCGGCUGCACCAUCUGGUACAACGAGAUGCAGCUGCUCUCCGAGAUCGAGGAGCACCUGAACUGCACCAUCUCUCAAGUGGAGCCGGACAUCAAGGUCCCCGUGGAUGAAUUUGAUGGGAAGGUGACCUACGGGCAGAAGAGAGCCGCCGGGGGGGGGACCUACAAAGGCCACGUGGACAUCCUGGCGCCCACGGUGCAAGAACUGGCCGCCCUGGAGAAGGAGGCCCAGACCUCGUUCCUGCACCUCGGCUACCUGCCCAACCAGCUUUUCAGGACCUUCUGAGGGGUUGGCGCCCGCCGCAGGCUCGGGCCCCCUCCCCGCCUUGGCGCUCGUGGCAGUCGUGCCAGCUCCUGCAUGUCGAGGAGCUCGAGCCUCAUAAUUCUCCUUAGCUAUUGUCCAGAAUAAAAAGGCCAGCUCAGUGGCGCCAUCA